AUGAGUAGCGAUAGCUCUUCGACCUCAUCCUCAUUAGAAUGUGAUGAUGAUAUUAAUCUUCUACUACUUCUAUUACUACGUAGAAGGAAACGAAGAAGCAGGAGAUUUUGGGUAAAUUUUCUGUGGAUGAGUAGAAAGGAAAAAGGCGCUCAUAAUUUUGGAUUGGAGACGGCGUUAAUUGACGAGACAAUGUUUAAAAAAUUCACAAGGAUGAGCGUCGUCCAAUAUGAAGAUCUCCUACAAAAAUUUAGUCCAUUAUUGAUCAGCCAGCCGACUCGAGAUGACAUCAUUGAUCCGUCUACGAAAUUAAUGCUGACAUUGAGAUUUUUAGCAACAGGAGAAAGUCUGUCUUCGUUGAGCAUCCAAUUUCGUAUGGGGAAUUCCACAGUUGUGAAGUGGAUUUACAAAACAAUGAAGGUUUUAAGGGAUAAACUGAUCCCAAUUGUUCUGUGUUUGCCAGAAACUCCAGCAGAAUGGAAAAAAGUUGCAGAUGGGUUUGAGAGGAACUGGCAAUUUCCUCAUACUGUUGGAGCCAUAGAUGGAAAGCAUAUUGACAUGCAAGUAUUCUUAUGCAAGAAGCACAAAAGCGAUCCAGAACACAAAAAAGCAUGUGGUGAUUUGUCAAUUGCUUUCAAAUUAUCAACGAGCCGACCGAUUAUAACUGAAAAUUUUUCCAUCUUCAAUGAGACACCAGAUGAUAGUUCAAUGAAGAACUUCGCAGCUACGAUUGUUUUACUACUAAAUGAAAUCGAUGAAGUAUUCGACAGAAUAUUACCAAAAGGAAUAAGAAUGUUAAUUCAUCAUCAAUUAAUAGAACGCUAG